CUGUCUCGCGAGAACUGCGCUUUGUUUUGCUACUGUUAGCAUAGCUUGUAUUUAGCUAGACUUCUGCAAUCUUUCUGCUCGGUUAGCCUGCGAUGGCUGCUUUUGAAACCUUAGACGAGUCGGAAAGGCCACGGCAUCGUCCGUUCUUGAUCGGGGUGAGCGGAGGCACCGCCAGCGGCAAGUCAACAGUUUGUGCCAAGAUCAUGGAGCUCCUGGGCCAAAACAAAGUGGACCAUCGUCAGAGAAAGGUGGCUAUUAUAAGUCAGGACAGUUUCUACAGAGUACUGACCCCGGAUCAGAAGGCUAAAGCGCUGAAAGGCCAGUACAACUUUGACCACCCAGAUGCAUUCGACAAUGAUUUAAUGUACAAAACCUUGAAAGACAUUGUGGAGGGGAGGGUGGUGGAAGUUCCAACUUAUGAUUUUGUCACUCAUUCCAGGCUAGAGGACAGGAUUACUCUUUACCCAGCAGAUGUGGUAUUGUUUGAGGGCAUCCUCGUCUUCUACCCACAAAAAGUGCGUGACAUGUUUCACAUGAAACUCUUUGUGGACACAGAUUCAGAUGUCAGACUGUCCCGCAGAGUUCUGCGGGAUGUAAACAGAGGCAGAGACCUGGAGCAGAUUCUCACUCAGUACACGACGUUUGUCAAACCUGCUUUUGAGGAGUUCUGUUUGCCUACUAAGAAGUAUGCAGAUGUCAUCAUUCCAAGGGGCGUCGACAAUAUGGGUAAACAUUUCAAUCUUUUAUUCUGUGACUAUUCUUUGUCUCUACAGUAUCAUGAUUACACUCUAUUCUCCGUUUGUCUCUCUCCAGUGGCAAUCAACCUAAUUGUGCAGCACAUUCAAGAUAUAUUGAACGGCGAUAUCUGCAAAUGGCAACGCACGUCUAUUAACGGACGGGGCUUCAAAAGGGCCAUUUCAGAGCAGGGCAACAUGCAGACCAGUACAGCGAAUCCUCCUGGAAAGAGGAUCUUGUUGGAACCCAGUAGUCGGCCCCACUGAGAAUCUGUGAGACUCUCGGGUGGAUGAAUAUGUCCUGAGUGUCUACUGUAUGAGCUUCGAGUUGUGAUUGCUGUUACUGAUUUGUGUGGAUCAGUAGAUGUGGCUCGAGUCUCAGCAUCUUUUAGGAAUGAACCACAAUCCUUCAGUGCAUCUCUGGUGCAUAUGUCAAAAUGCUUCUCACAUGUAACGGUCUUCCAUUUGACGGUUUUAUUAUUUUUAAUGGUCCUCGGCGCUGUUACUGAACAGAGGUUUAUUAUAGAAACCAGUACUAUUUAUGUUUUAGUCAUGCUUUUGCACUUUGUUUUACCACAUAAUAUUGAUUUGUGGUUAUUUAAUGUUUUAAUUUAAAUUAAUAUAUUUGAUUAAACAUUAAUGUGCUGAAGUUAUUUUACUGCUGUAUCGUCAAUAGCAUAAAUUUAAGCCAAGUGGCUAUCUGUUUUACACUUUAUUCAGUGUAAUAUUCUUCCAUUAGAUAAUCUAAAGCAUACCAAGUUCAUGCCUUAAAUUUUUUAAGUUAAUUUUCCACUGACCAUUCUGUACAACAAUAAUAAAUACAGGUCUGUUUUAAAGUUG